AAAAAUCACGUUUCUCUUUUUUUUUUCUCAUCAUACUUGUUCGUUGACGGAAUAUUCUUUCUUUUCGACCCGGUGUCUGCCAGCGUUCUUUUCACGUUUUUUAAAAUUAAAUUUUUUUAUAUUUUUUCGUUUGUUUUUUUACGAAUAACCGACCAAAUACAGUCAUGAGUGCUGGAGUUAUGUGCUAUCGGUGCAACCGAUCUGGUCAUUUUGCCAGGGAUUGCCGUGACAGUGGUUCUGUAAGCAGUGCUACAUUCAGCAGAGGCGGCAGAGGAGGCGGUGGCAGCGGUGGAAUAGGUGGCGGAAGUAGUGAUCGUGAAACAAAUUGUUACAAGUGCAAUCGCAGUGGACAUAUUGCCCGUGACUGCAAAGACAAAGACAGAUGUUACAGAUGUGACGGCGUUGGUCAUAUAGCUCGUGACUGUUCUCAAUCUGCUAGUGAACCAUCGUGUUACAACUGUCGUAAAACAGGACAUUUGGCUCGCGAAUGCCCAGAUGAACGUGCAGAACGUGGCAUGGGCGGUGGUGGAAUGGGUGGUGGUGGUAGCAGUUCUACUUGUUACAACUGUAACAAGAUAGGACAUUUUUCCCGAGACUGUAUGGAAAGCAGAAAUGGCUCUGGAAACUAUUCUGCCCUUUGUCGUAACUGCAAUGUUUCUGGACAUAUGGCUCGUGAUUGCCCAGAGGGUAACAAACAAAGCUGUUACAACUGUGGUGAACAGGGACAUUUGAGUCGUGAAUGCCGCAAGCGUAACUAGUUCCAGAGUUUUUACACCUAAUCUAAUUAUCACAAUUUUGAAAUUCGAAGCCAGGAAAAAAACAAGGAUAAACAUAUAUCAAGAAAAAUUAUAAUAAAAUCUUCUUGUUUAACAUUCUUCUAUCAAUAGUGGUAGCAAUUUUUUUAAAAAACUAAUCAUAUUGUUCACAAUAUAUUUGUGGAUUUAUGUUUCUAAAUAUGAUUUUUAAUUGAACAAGAAAAAUGUAUAUUAAUAACAAACAAAAUAUCAGGAAAUUGUGACAACAAUACAUCUCAAUGUUUAUGUUUGUUCUUUAUCAGUGGGCCUGUUUUCUAUAUAUAAAUCAAACAUUUAUUGUAUGUAAGGGAUUUGUUAUUGUAUUGGUCUUGUUUUUUAUUCAAUAAAACCUGGCUACACCGAGUUUA